CAAAAGCGGACUGCUGAACUCGUCGGCACAAUUUUUUCCAUGCCAUAUUCGCGUUGCGCGGUGCCGAACAACGCCCUCCGCAAUGCUUAUCUGAUCUCUCUCGCGCAAGUACUUACUACAAAUUUCGAAAUUGAUUGUCUCAGUACAUCAGUGAAACAUUCGCCAUGGUGGUUCCGAGCAAGCCAGAGAACAACAAUGCACCUAACCCUGUCGCCCGGAGGUCAACAGGCCCCGGAGUGUUGAGCAUUUUGUACAGCGUCACGAAGAAAGUGGGUACGGUGGCGAUUGUGUACCUGCUGGGCUACUACAACAUCAGUGUAGCAUGGCUCAUUGGGCCUGUCAUCCUGUCGGUGGUCCGCGAGGAGUGGAAGCGCUCCUCCGAUGCCCGCAGAGCGCUGGCCAAGGCUGCCGCUAUGAGCAACGAGAAAGAAGUCAUCAUGGCCCGAAUCGACGAACUGCCUGCUUGGGUGUACUUCCCAGAUGUAGAACGAGCAGAAUGGCUAAAUAGGGUUGUACGACAAUUGUGGCCAAAUGCUAAUCACUAUGCUCGAGAUCUGUUGAGGUCUGUCAUUGAACCCAAUAUUAGGAAUGCCCUAGCGGCUUUUAAAUUGCCCGGGUUCAAGUUUGACAAAAUGAUCCUUGGUACAAUCCCAUUCCGUGUGGGAGGUGUGAAGGUUUAUGACCAUAAUGUCUCUCGCAAUGAGAUCAUCAUGGACAUAGACUUUUUUUAUGCUGGUGACUGUGAUAUAUCAUUCACACUCAGUGGUAUUCCUGGUGGGAUCAAAGAUUUUCAGCUUCAUGGAAUGCUUCGAGUUGUAAUGAAACCUCUGAUUCAAACUAUUCCUCUUGUGGGAGGGCUUCAGUUGUUCUUCUUGAACAAUCCUACCAUCGACUUCAACUUAGUUGGAGCUGCAGAUGUCCUAGAUGUGCCUGGAGUUAGUGAUAUUCUACGAAGGAUCAUAGUUGAACAAGUUGCUGCACUGAUGGUUUUACCCAAUAAACUCCCUAUAACAUUGAGUGAUGUUGUUCCUGCCCAAAUUUUAAAAACCCCAGAACCUGAGGGUGUUCUAAGAGUGCAUGUGGUUGAAGCAAAGGAAUUGAUGAAGAUGGACAUUGGUAUGCUUGGUAAAGGCAAGUCUGAUCCCUAUGCACUUGUGACCGUGGGAGCUCAGCAAUUCCGCACACAAAUAAUCAACAACACUGUUAGUCCCAAGUGGGAUUAUUGGUGUGAGGCAGAGGUAUCUUCACGGAGGGCUCAAAUAAUUACGGUCCAGUGUUGGGAUUGGGAUCCCGGAUUUCCUGGGGUCCAGAAUGAUGAUUUUCUUGGGAGGGCAUCUGUUGAAGUCAGUACUGUUGUGAAAAAAGGUGAACUUGACAUUUGGCUUACUCUGGAGGAAGCUAAACAUGGCAUGGUACACUUGAGGUUGUCUUGGCAUACAUUGACUGAAGAUCGUCAUGCUCUGUCACUUGCCUUGGCUGAAACCCAACAGUUGCGUGUUACUUCUAUGAGUACUGCUGUGUUAUUAGUCUAUAUUGACUCUGCCAAAAAUCUACCUGAUGCACGCCCUGGUCGGAGACCUGAUCCUUUUGCUACUGUGGGUGUUGGAAAAGAUACCCAAACUACUCAAAUCAUUUACCGCACUGAUUCUCCUGUCUGGGAAAAAGGAUUUACUUGUCUGGUCAAAAAUCCAGAGACUGAUACAUUUAUCCUCAAAGUAACGGAUCAAAAGACAAACCAUGACAUAGGUCGUCUGGAAUAUCAUUUGGCCAAGCUCUUGACUAAUGAGAAUAUGGAGCUAAGUGAUCAGCCCUUGCUGUUGCAAGCAUCCGGACCAAUCAGCAGAGUUAGACUAUCACUGAGACUGCGUAUACUGAAACGUUAUGACCCAGAAGUUGAUGCUCCCCUUCCUGAGGUGGAUGACGAUGUUACAGAUGAAGCUAGCACCUCCACUUCCAGCAAGAGAGGUUCAACAAAUGCCUUAAACAAACAGUUCUCUCGUGGAGACUCAGUUCGAAGUGUAGGUGGACAGAGUGUUGGUGGACAGAGUAUUGGCAGUGCUAACAUAAGCAUUCAUCCUUCAAAGGAAAUGAUUUCGACUCAAACUUCAGUUCAAGAAGAGUCAGUUUUCUCUGAGCAAUCAAGUGCACCUGUAGAAUCAUCUGCCAAUAAUACAUUACUCCAUCGAACUCCAAGUGCCACAUCAUCUGCUGGUGAAGCAGGCUUGGGACGCAUACAAAUGACAUUGCGUUAUUCUGUGCCCCGUCAACGACUUGUGGUAGUGAUUCACAAAGUUGCAAAUUUACCAUCCAAGGACCCACAUAAUAUACCUGACCCAUAUGUGAAGCUGUAUCUGCUGCCAGAGAGAUCUAAGGAAUCCAAGCGCAAAACUGAGGUCAUGAAAGACAACUGCAAUCCAGUCUUUGAUGAAAACUUUGAGUAUGUAAUAUCUCUGGGGGACAUCAAUUCUCGUCAGCUAGAAGUAACGGUGGUUACAAAGAAAACUUGGUUCUCCUCCCAGAGCCCUGUUAUGGGACAAGUUAUUUUGAGUCUUGGUGAUCAAGAUUUGGUGAAAGGAUUCACUGCUUGGUAUGACCUUUUACCUGAAAUCGAGCGCGAUUCGUAAUUGCAAAAGACAAGUUGUAUUUCUCAUCAUUAUUCUUGAUUCAUUGUUGAUUUUCUUUUGCAUCAAUUCUUCCUGCUUUUCUAUUAAUGUGGCACUUUUGGAGUGUCUGGCUUUUAAUUUUUAAUAAUCAAGAUAGGAUUGUUGUCUUUCUCUCUAACAACCUGAUUAUAAGACAUUGUCUCUUUAUUUUAUUGGCAGUUAAACUGCUGCUCGCUUGUUCUCAAUUUUUCUUUGUUACUUGUUUGGCAAAGAACUGACUGUUACCUUCAUAGUACUCCAUGGAGUAAGCAUGUGCCAUCACUGGGAGAAGAAAUGAAACCCACCAUGUGAUGAACAAAGUUUUAGAACUCUCAAACAGUCAUUUCAUUUGUAUUUUUUUCCUAUUUUAGUUACUAUUUUUUUAACCUAUUUUAUCAGUUUUAUUGCUGUAUCACAAAGCCAAAGGGUUGAUGGACCAUUCUCGCCAUGACGUUCUCUUUGAAUAAAUGGUUUUUCAUGGACCUGCAGUGGUCUUUGUUUAAGUUCUACUUGAGAUCUGUGCUUAUAAAUCCUUUAUGUGCUAGAACUGUGGCUGUGCUGGGUUUGUCUCCCCCUUUUGAAGUUUUACAUAGUUUAUGGGUUAUAUAUUUGAGGGUAUUUAUAACAGUGUCUACCUCAAAUUCAUUUACUUCUAUUUGUGCGUCUUAGAAUGGAAGUCACAUAUGUGCUUUGUUUUAUCUUUCUUAUGUUUUUGUGUUAAAUUUGGUGGUUGUUAACUAAACUAAUGUUUUUUCCUUCUUGUCAUUUUGUUAAAAGUAUGAAUUCACUCAUGUUACAGUAUUUGCAUUACACUUGAAUUUUGAUAUAAGGAAGGUUUUUAGGAUGCUCUCUUCUUACGUGGGUUGUCUGGGCGUAGAAUCUAUACAACACUUUCCCAUUAUUGUUGCAAAUUGUUGUUAACAAAGCCUGUUAUUUGUCAGCCGUUUUUAAUGUAUCAGUUGUUAUCUUUACUUAGCACUUUUUGUGAUUCUUUGUGAUACCCAUGUUGUACUUUGCAGCUGUGUGGCUUGUGUCUCAAGCGUAACCACAUCUUAAUGCUGUUUUGUUCUUUCUUUGUUGUGGUGCUAUGAAACUGUUACCAAAACUGAUUCAUCUUAAACAAAGGAAAUUGUGAUAAAUUUUAAAUGCACAAUCUAACCACUUUUUGUGUGUUCUUUUUGGUUUUUCUUUUGAUAUUGGGUGUAUAUUUUAAUAUUAUCGAUAGAAUUUCUGUUACUAACCUUUUCAAUGGAGAAUGUGUAAUAAAUAGUGUUACUUUUAUCUUA